UCUUGAGUGUUUAUUUAUAGGAGUAGUACCGGCAAGGAGCAACGCUACGCUGGCUGUAAAAGCAGUUCAGAGUUUACACUUCAGAGAGAGUCGCUUCCUAAUCCCCAACCUCGAGUUUCUCUUCUCAAUUUCUCACAGAGAAAAUCAUGGUGGACCCUGCAGAACGUAGGUACUUGGAAGAAGAGGAUUCUUCCCUAAUGAAAACUAUCAAGGGUGCAACAACUGGUUUAGUUGCUGGCACUAUCUGGGGUACUGUAGUUGCCACCUGGUAUGAUGUUCCUCGGGUUGAGAGAAAUGUUGCUCUUCCUGGGCUGAUAAGAACUUUUAAGAUGAUGGGCAACCAUGGGUUGACAUUUGCUGCCAUAGGAGGAAUCUUCAUAGGUGUGGAACAGUUGUUGCAAAACUAUAGGAUGAAAAGGGAUCUGUAUAAUGGAGCUAUCGGUGCUUUCGUUGCUGGUGCAACUGUUUUUGGUUACAAAGGAAGGAGCAUCUCGACUGCAAUUUCAGCUGGAUCAGCACUGGCAUUCACAUCUGCAUAUAUUGAUUUCGGAGGUCAGAAAUUAAAACAUGAUGAUGAUGUUGAGUACGCUGCUUACACAGUAAAGAAAAGACCUCGUCCUGAUGCUGAUGCAUAAUUGUUAAUUAAUGCACCUUUAUGACCGAAGACAUUUCAAGUUGAUAGGAGAGAGUGGAUCACUCUUUGUUGAGCUUGUUGUUUGUUUUCUGAGUUGGAAUGACAUACUGGGCUGUCUUUCCAUAAUUUUCUUUUCUAAGUUGCUGGUGCUGAACUGGUUCAAUUCCAAUAAAUGUGCUAUUGUGUUAAUCUAAAUUGCAUGUUAGUCCUCCGUGGCCAUAAAUUACCUAAUAGUCCAUUUUCUUCCAUGGGAUGAAGUGAUGAACAUUAUAUAUGAAGCUGAAACGUGUGGUAGAGCUUGGUGUUGUAACUUUAAGAUUGUCAAUACAAUUUGAAUAAGGAAUGAUGUCU